UAUAUAUAUAUAUUAAAAGAACAAAUAGCUCAGUUUAAAUAACGCGCUCAUUCGAUAAACUUAUCGAUUAUUCCAUGAAGUAGUAACAGUGUUCCAUCUGGUAACACUGCCGAAGAAGAAGAAGAGGAAAUUCUUAAAAUGAGCGCACGGAAGAAAACCUGGGUGAGAUGCGCCUUCAGCGAGAUGAACUUGACCGCCACUCCAACUCCCUCGGAAAGCACGCCCGCCAAGCGUACAAGAAGUGCAAGCAAUGUGAGCAGCUCCAGAGUGUCGAGGUCAAGAACUCCAAGCAUAAACUCGAUGCCAACCCCGAUUCCGGACGCCGAAUUGGUGGAUCUUACGGCCAUGGAUGAUGACCAGGAUGCGGACAUCACUGGGCCACCGCCGGAAGUCAAAGAAAACUGGAUGGAAAGCUUUGAGCCAGCCACCAGCGAUGAUUUGGCGGUGCAUCCCAAGAAGGUCGGAGAACUACGCGAGUGGCUGCGUCACUGCGAAGCUAUGCGCAAGAAGUUCCCGGCUCAAAUGUGCCUACUUACCGGACCCACAGGUGCUGGUAAAACAGCCACGUUGCGAGUCCUCGCCAAGGAGUUCGGGUACCAGCUGCAGGAGUGGAUCAAUCCUGUCGAUUGUGAGGUGAUCAACGCCUUGGGUGACCAAAAUAGUGGCACCUCCUAUGUGGGCUCUCAUCUAGAGGCAUUUAAAAGCUUCCUGCUCCGUGCCUCGCGAUACAAAUCCCUGCUUGACUCGCAGAAUAAGAGACUGCUUCUUGUCGAGGACUUUCCCAACGUGCUGCUCAGCGAUAAGGAGGCCAACUUUGAGGAGUUAAUAAAUGAGUACACCGCCUAUGGCAAAUCUCCCUUGGUGUUUAUCGUUGCCGAUGCUAAAACUCGAGGAUUGAAUAUCAGCUACCGCCUUUUUCCAGAUCAACUGAAGGCCAAACAUCGCAUCGAGCAUAUCAGCUUCAAUGCUAUCGCAUCCACAAUCAUGCAAAAGUCUAUAAAAACCUUCUGUUCCGUAAUGCAGCAGCCGCAGAACAAAGCUACUUACAAGGUGCCUUCGACCGCUGUUGUUGAGUCAAUAGUUGUAGGCGCCCAGGGCGACAUAAGAAAUGCCCUAAUUAAUCUACAUCUCAGCUCAUUAAAAGGAGUUCCCAGCAUGCCGACCAAGCAGUUAAAUGUCAGUGUAGCCGCCAAGGGUCGGAAGAAGAAAAUGCAGAGUACUUUGAAGUCAAUUGGUAGAGACGAAUCAAUUACUCUGAUGCACGCACUCGGGAGGGUACUAAAUCCUAAGUUUAAUGAGGACAAAACUAUGUUACACAGCCCAGAAGAAAUAACCGAAGCCUUCAACACAGAGCCCAGGAAUUUCGUAAACUUUAUACAUGCCAAUUAUCUGCCGCAUUUCAAGGAAAUCGACGAUGUCGUGGUCGCCAUAAAUGACUUGGGCCUAUCAGAUUGCAUGCUCAAUGAGUAUAGAGAUGAUACCUUGUCCGUGAUGGGCUUAAACGUUGCCAUAAGAGGAGUUAUGACAGCGAAUAGGUGGCCUGUCAGCGGAUGGAUGCCAGUUCGAGGACCCAAGCGAAUCGAUAUUAAGCCACAGGCAACUUUGGCGGAACAAAGACUGGUUGGUGUAGGUUACGCGGGCAUUUCCAGGACGCUCUACGCUACGGAGUACUGCUCAUUAGUGAAGUCAAUAGCAGGCAAGCUCGUGGAGACUAAUUCAAGCCAAAGCACUGACUCAAAUCAAGUCUUUUAGUAAGUCAAAACUAUUUAUUCGAUGUUAAACCUGAAGAAGAGAAAAAUGUCCAAAGGACCAAAUAUGUUAAUAACAAUAAUAUAAAUUAAAUUUACUGUGUAUCCCACUGAAAACAAAAAGGAAAA